AUGGCGACCUUAGGCAGAUUCAUCUCCAGGCUCUCUGAUAAGUCCCACACCUUCUUCGAAACACUCAAGGAGCCAAAGGACUUCGAAUGGGCCGAGGAGUGCGAGUCGGCUCUUCUGGAGUUCAAGCCUUAUCUUACCACUCCCCCUCUCUUAUCUAAACCCUUGCUCGGUGAAGUCUUACUGCUAUAUGUCGCAGUAUCAGAGCAUGGAGUCAGCGCAGUCCUUGUUCGAGAAGAGGGAACCAAGAAAAUGCCAAUCUAUUACGUGAGCAAAGCCCUUCUGGAUGCGGAAACUCGCUACAGUCAUCUAGAAAAGUUGUCUCUGGCCCUAGUGAUCGCCGCUCGCAAGUUGCGGCCUUACUUUCAGGCUCAUCCGGUGGUGGUCGUCACUUCCUUCCCUAUAAAGCUGGUCCUACAUAAGCCCGAGGUCUCCGUAAGAUUGACGAAGUGGGCAGUGGAACUGGGGGAAUACGAUAUAAUCUUCUGGCCCGCUAUGGCAGUUAAGUCCCAGGCCCUAGCGGACUUUGUGGCUGAAUUUUCUCCAGCCUUGCUCCCGGCUCUCGAACAGGAGGUACGCCUUCAGAGCGGGAUAAAGGAAGAAGGAGAAUGGAUCCUACAUGUGGAUGGAUCCAGUAACGUUCGAGGGGCAGGAGUAGGGAUCGUACUCACGUCCCCAACAGGGAACACAGCCUUGAGAGCCAUAAGAUUUAAUUUCAAAGCGACGAACAACGAAAGCGAGUACAAGGCCUUGAUCGCUGGGCUAUCGCUCGCUCACCAGCUGGGUGCGGAGAAUAUCAAAGUCUAUUGCGACUCCCAACUGAUUAUCAACCAGGCGCCGGGAGAAUACUGGGCUAAAGAUGACAGCAUGAUCCGGUAUCUGGUAGUCGCUCAACGACUCAUCAAGAAGUUCAAAAGCUGCAAGCUCACUAAGAUCCCCAGGGAGCAGUAUUCACAAGCUGAUGCUCUGGCCAACUUAGGGUCCGCCCUCGAGACCCAGAUCCAGAUGAGCAUCCCCCUGUUAGUGCUCCAAUGGCCAGCCACCCUAGUAGAGCAACAAAACGAAGAGAUUUCCGCCAUCAAAGAAGAAGAAACCUGGAUGACUCCCCUGGUCCGGUACCUGGAGGACGAUAUAUUUCCAGAAGACCACAACGAGAGCAGGAAAAUCAAGAAGAAAGCCGCUAGGUACUGUCUCUCUCAGGGAAAGCUAUACCGAAGAUCGUUCUCUGGCCCAUAUCUGAGAUGUGUUACACCCCGUGAAGCAACUAAGAUCCUAGUGGAAUUACACGAGGGAGAUUGA